AUGUUCGAACCAAUCCGUGGAGGCACCAGAGGCGGACAAGGAGAUUUUAAAUGGACAGAUGUAUCUGCGGAUAAAGAUAGAGAGAACUACCUCGGCCACAGCAUCAACGCUCCCACCGGGCGAUGGCAGAAGAACAAAGACGUGCACUGGUACUCCAGGGACCUCAAAGACUCCGAAGCCGAACGCCUCGAAGAAAUCCGCAAAAUCAAGGAAGCGGAAGCGGAUGCGUUGGCUGUUGCUUUGUAUGUUGGUUUUCUGUUUCGUUUUUGUCUUUGUCGAGUUUGGGUUUUUGUUUUUGGAUACUUCUGGUAUUUACAUAUCACACGACUCGCUUCUUAUCAUUAUUCUAUUCUCAUCUCUCACCCCUACACACUCACUAACUCUUUCCCCUCAUCUCCUCCUACCCCACAGAGGAUUCACACCAGACCCCCGCUCCUCUUCUAA